UUGUUUUUUUGUUUUCUUUAGACAAGGCAUGAGUUUAAUCUGUUAUCAUUUCUAAUAUCCAGAUUUUGAGAGAAAAAAAAACAGACAUAUAGAGCCAAGAGCAUCAGUGUUUUGGAGAUGAUGGGAGAAAACCCUAAUUAUUGGUGGAGCUUGAAUGGGAAGCUGCAAACACCAUCCUCUCAGCAGGCUUUUAACCCUACUUUCUUAUCAACACCACAGUUGCCGCUACCGUUGCCGCUGCCGUUGCCGGUUCCACCUCCAUCUUCCAUCUUGAAUCCUCCAUAUCUUUUUGGUUCUUCCCUACUAGUGCCUGCUCCAAACCCUAAUGCUUUGGCUGACCAGCAGCAUCAUGAAAACCAAGAUUUUCCUGUCUCAUGGAGCCAACUACUUAUGAAUGGAUUAGCUAAUGAUCAAGAACACCAAAACUUAAGAGCUGCACAUGUUGGUGAAGUAAAGUAUGGAUAUUUGGAUAAUCAACAAAGCAGACAACUUUAUAAUAAUUAUAGUAAUAAAAAUGAUCAUCAUGGCAACAAUAAUAGUACUGAGGAAGAUCUACAAGCUUGUAGUUCUUCUUGGUCACCUCAACUUCCAUCUGUUGGUUCAUCUUCUACCAUGAGUUUAAGCACCACUACUAUGUUCGAUUUCUCAAGUAAGAUCGACAGCCGAAACCAACAUGCUAAUCAAUAUUCAUCUCAGUAUGAUGAUACAUCUACUAGUGGUGUGUCUAAAAAGCCAAGGUUUCAAUCAUCUUCGAUACGACCUAAUUCUCCAAUGGAGUCUAAUGACACAUUUACAAGUGGAACUUCUAAAAGAGCUAGGCCUCAACACUCAUCAACCCAAACCCCUCUAAAGGUGAGGAAGGAGAAAUUGGGUGACCGAAUAUCGGCUUUGCACCAGCUUGUUUCGCCUUUCGGAAAGACUGACACAGCUUCUGUGUUGUUAGAGGCCACAGCUCAGAUCAGAUUCCUUGAGGGUCAAAUUGAGGCACUUAGUUCACCGUACAUGAAUUUGGCCAAUAAUGUUUCUGGAGGCACGAGACACCAACAUACUCCUGAUGGGAAGACACUGCCCAAGGAUCUUGCAAGUAGAGGGUUAUGUUUGGUUCCAGUCUCGUGUAUGGAUCAUAUCGACACUACGAAUAUGACCACUAACGGUGCUGAAUUCUGGACUCCAGCACUUGGUGGUGGAUUCUAAGAACUCGGUGUUCCUUGAAGCAUGCACUUGUGUUUCUUCGAAAUUUGAAAUGCCCGAAAAGGAAAGAAUUGAUUGAAAAUGAAUUCUUGCACGUUAUGUUGGUGAUAGUUAAGUUGCUGUUUAGUUUCUCGUUCUUUUGUUUUCAGGCAUUAUUGGUGAAGUUAGGGGAUAACAAAGACUAUAUUUGGUACAUGGAUGUAAUCUUGAUUGUGAAAUAUUUCUACAAUCUGUGAAAUUAAUAUGUGAAGUUUAUUGAGCAGAAAUGAACACAUCCUUGUUAUUUACUUUGUUUAA